CUUUUCUCGAUUGUCAUCGAUGCAAUAACUGURUUUACAGGGCMAAAAUACAAAAUAUACUCCUCUUUUGACUAAAAAACAYCGUUCAAAAGGACUCAAGUAUGGCCUCGAUAGAAGCGGGUUGAGAUACUGCGAUUCAUCCUUGAUAAAAACGGCGAAUUCAGUUCCAUUUGCCACUCGACGAAGAUCAAGUUCACAUUUUUUUUAUUGUCGCAUAGAUGGUUUAAUAUUUUUAGCUUUCAGUCAAAAUGUUUAGUUUUAUUCCCAAACGAUACAUUCUCUCUGGUUUGAUCUUCGCUGGGUUYGUCAUCAUGUCAGGGCUGAGAGCGAAUUUGAACGUUGCUAUCGGUGCCAUGAUAGGCAACCAUACGAUCAACGUUGACGGCAAGGACAUCGUCAAGCGUGGAGAAUUUAAGUGGGACUCAAAGAUGGAAGGUGUGAUUCUAGGAGCGUUCUACUAUGGUUACAUGGUGUUCCAAAUACCUGGUGGUGUACUAGCUAUGAGGUUUGGUGGUGCCAAGCUGUUUGGCGUCGGCAUUGGUAUUGCCUCCAUAUUAACUCUUCUAACUCCUCUUGCUGCUCGCCUGUCCCCAAUUGCUGUCAUCUUACUCAGAAUUGGCGAAGGACUUUCCCUGGGUGCGUUAUUUCCCUGUAACCACGCAAUAUGGAGCCACUGGUCUCCACCGGAAGAAAGAACUACAUUGGUGACGGUGUCUGUAGCUGGUACCAGUGUUGGCUAUCUCAUUACCAUGCCUAUAUCCGGUAUUCUUACCAAAUAUGGGUUCGACGGUGGUUGGGGUUCGGUAUUUUACUGCUUUGGUGUUUUUGGCUUAUUAUGGUAUAUGAUAUGGUUACUAUGUGUACACGAAACACCCGAUGACCAUCCGAGUCUCUCUGACGAGGAGAGGCUAAUACUAUCGCACAAUGACAAGGACUUGCGAUCCAAGGUUGGUAAUCCUGAAAUACCUUGGUUUAAAAUACUCAAGUCUGCUCCAGUGUGGGCCAUCAUCGCCGCCAAUUUCGCAUUGGAUUGGUCGUUUUACGUUCUUCUGAUUUCAUUACCGAAGUUCCUUGUUGAAAUAUUUAAUACAGAGAUACAUACCAUGGGAUUCAUGGCGGCCGCGCCGUUUUUGGUCAAAGGUAUCUGCACACCGCUCGCUGGCCUGUCAGCGGAUUUACUAAGAAAAUACAGCAUGAGCACGAAGAACGUCAGACGUUGUUUCUACGCAACAGACAGGUGUCUUCAUAUUAGUCGCUGGCUACACWAACAGCGUCAUUAUCGUUAUAGUAUGCAUGUCCAUAUCAGGGGCAACAACUUCGAUCUCUUACCCGGCGUACACGGUCAAUAUGCUUGAUAUAGCGCCUCGUUGUGCUAGUGUUAUUAUGGGUGUUUGUAACACAUUGGGGACGACAGCAGGUUUYCUUAGCCCUAUGCUUGUUGGAUUUGUCACUACAAAUCAGACUCUAGAGGAAUGGAGGCUAGUUUUCUGGGUCAACGCGCUGGUCUCGUUAGGAGGUUCGUUUUUAUUUUGUUGGUUUCUGGCCGAAGAACGACAAGACUGGGAUAAGGAACCACCACACACUGAWGAAGAACCAGCAAAGAAUAUCGAAACUCACACACCAAAUGAGCCGUGAUCCUUAUGACGUCAUCCWUUCGUUACCACAAUCCUUUGCGAGAUAACAUUUCAUAUUUUUAAGUUGAAUUACUUUCUGGAAGGCCUAAUUGGAAAAAGGUUGUCGGAUUUAAAAAAAGUUAUAUGAUCAGAGAUUUAAAAGGCUUCUAAGAAGAAAAAUAAUCAGACUGAAUAUCAUGUGUACGACAGUGUUUCAAUUUCUAAAAACUAGCUGCAUUAAUCUUUGACAGUGCAUGCAGCGACGCCAUUUUGUUCAAUAAGGAAUGAUACGAGUUGUAGUACUCAAAUUUUAUUUGAUAUGCUAAACAAUGCAUUGCGGGAUCAGUACCAGAAGGAAGCAAAAGAAAUCCGCCAUGUUUUGUCCAACACAUAUCGUGCAAUAAAUUGAAUAUAUGGUAUAUGACGUAAAAAAGCUUCUAGGAGCUCUAUUUAGCAAUUUUAUUUUGUAACACUACUUACGUCGCAUCCAAUACCAACAAUGCAUUGCGAUCUAAGAAUACGCUAUGAAUCGAAGUAUAGCAGUAUUCAGUGUUCAACGUUUUCAUUUAGUUUAGUUUAGUUUUUGUUUGUUUUGUUCUGCUAUUGUUUUGUGGGUUUUGUUUUUGAAAAAAAGAAAUUGAAAGCUAAUAACUGUUUACUAACGGUUUCAUCGCGCUGCCAUUGUCGUAAAUGUUAAUUUAAUUAAAACAUCGACUACCGAAACAGAUAAAUUGAGGAUCUGGUAACGAAAGCAGGAGAACUAAAUGUCAAGAGAAACGCUCAUUGAUGAGCUGUAUUUAUAUCUAGCUUGUGGAUAUUUUUGAAGACAUUAAAUACAUAUUAUAAAA